AUGGAUAGCUACAAACCUAUGGAGAUCAACACUGAAUAUCCCCAGCAAGAAUCACCUACACCAACACUACCUUCUCAUGACCCCAUACCAUCUUCAUCCCAACAUCUUCAGCACUCGACCUCGUUGGAAACCACACAAUCUCCACCAUCCAAAUAUCUUCGGGUUGCCCCUGAAGCCCACACUGCGCUACUCUUAGUGACACGUACCACACCUGUUUUACUUGCCAGCGGUCACCAGAUCCCUCUUGCACAAUCUUGUCCUACCCUUGUCCCUUGCCAAACUCAGUUACCUGCCACGAAGCGCCCGUGGCAGAAGGCCAGCAGUAUGCAUGUGAUGGUUCAACGUGAAGAAGAUGAAGCGAUCUGUGAUGCCCUACAGUCCAAGUCCCAGCCUCCCCAAGAAGACUCUCUUGGGUUAUAUGAUGACCCCGACGCAGGUGAUGAGGUCCACCGUGACCCACUUCUCCAUACAGAACGACACGAUGAAGAUUUGGAUGCAGAGGUCAUCCCCAACGUACAGGUUGCCCCCUCCAACAGUCAGCAUGCACCUGUGGAUCAGGUAUAUCAAGAUGCUCAUCCGGACUGGUUUGGACAUAUCAUUAUCAUCAUGGUGGCUAUUCUACAUGCAUUCUUCAUCCCACACAGCCUCUUCCUACAACUCUCAACACUGUUAUUCACUGCCUUGAUCUCCAUGACCAUUUUACUAUUUAUCCACCGGCUAUUCAAACCAGUCUCCAAUAGGCUCUUCCGGAUGGUAACAGGCCGCAAAGCUCAGUGCCCUCCUCCAGUAUGUGCAGCGCCUAUCCAGGUACCAUCUUCCUCACUUGUGAAUUUUCUUGCACAUGGAGGUAAUGAGGCGGCAUGUGAAUCCUGGCGAUCACACAUGGUUAAACCAGGGGAGCUUCAUGAUAUCUCAGAUGGUGAGGUAUGGUGCACCAUCCAGGGCCCAGAUCAAGCACCCUUCUUUUCUGGGAUGGAAACCUCACAGGAGCUUCACAUUGGUGUCACCAUGAGCCUUGACUGGUUUGGACGUAAGACCAGCAUCUAUGGGCCAAGCUAUUCCUCUGGUAUCUUAUUAUUAUGUGUUUCAAACCUUCCUAGGGCACUAAGCCAAAGCAAAUAUCCCCACUGUCGCCUGCUCGCUUGUCUAACUCCUCUCCUGUCUACAUCAUUCCUGCCAUCGCCUGCUGGUCUCUUUCAAAUUACCUGUGCUCACCUGUCUCACUCCACAUCACUCCUGUUCCAUUUUGGUAUUGCCUGCCGGUUUCCUCCUGAUUGUCUCCUUCCUCGCCUGUCCACAUCGCUCCUGUUCUUUGCUGCUCUCUACAAGGAAGGUGUUGUCUAUCAUACCCCAGGGCACCCAGAAGGUCGAAGAGUUCGUGUUGUACUCCUAGGUGUUGUAUGUGACCAUCCAGCCAUGUGUAAGAUGUGUGGCUUUGCCGAUCACAGUCACAAGAAUUCUCUGUGCCCUAAGUGCAAGGUAACCCAGGAUGAACUUUUCUCUGAUGAGUCUCUACGUAAUGAAUUUGAUCCACACAACGGUGAAGAACAUCGAUGUCGAUGUUUCCAAGAGAAAGCCCUCGAAACACGAGAUGAACAUAACACCUUCUUUGACAAACAUGGUGUCCAUUGGACCGAACUUGCACGGCUCCCAUAUUUUGAUCUUGUGCGACAGACAAUCAUUGAUUCGAUGCACAAUUUAUUACUUGGAAUUAUUAAGACUCAGUGGUACAUGCAAUGGAUCUUGACUCCAGCCCUUUGCGCCUCUACUCAGACAAGAACUCGUGAGCUUGAUUUAAUGCACACCUUUCUCAGUACAUUCGAAGCCCCACUCUGGGCUGGAAAGCUGCUGCUUCGUGUUGGAGAGCCUGCAGGUGGGUCCUUGACGGCUGAUGAAUACAAGUUUGCUGCGACGACAGCCUGGCCCAUCACUAUACCUAUCAUUUGGGACAUGUUCAUGGAAGAAGCAGAGUCAGAUCAAAAAACUUCAAUUAAAUCAUUUGCUAAAUGUCAGAAUCAGUUUAUCAAGGACUACAAGGCUUGGAAGGCGCACCAAGAAGCACCACAAGGGUCUGCUGGUGAUCGUGAUGCAAUAGCAAAUGCUGAAAGUCUGAUUGUCAAGAUGCUUCUAGAAUGCAUGCUUGGUGAUGGCCACGAGGCCUCUGGAACAAUCCAGGAUGCUGCUGCUGGGACAGGCUUUGACGAAUUGAGUCCAUAUUUGCAUGUCCAACCUGGUCCAUCGAUACCAAACCCACAACAACUCAGCAAUGCAGCUCGUGUUGCAUUAUAUACUCACUAUAACUCACAACAACCCCACAGUGUUCAUUAUGCACUCAAAGCAAAUCCACGUCCAGGUUCAUCUCAACUCAACGACUUUGCAUUGUACUAUCAGUGCAUGAUAGAGUUACCGCUGGUGCCCGUUGAAGAUGAUCCAUGGAGCGAGUUUCCCGAGCUCGAUGUUAUGUGUUUUAAACUAAACAAAUACUGGAGCCCAGGCAAAGAUGGAGCUCCCCCUACCAUUCUUCCAUUCAAUCAAAUUACAAGCCAGAUUGCUCAUGGAAUCAUCAAGACCAGUAAUCCAGAGUUGUGGAUUACAACAACACUUGACCGGCAUCCUACUGUUUAG